UGUCUCAAACCACCACAGGUCUAAAUGUUCCAUUCAGAUAACCAAUCACAUUUGUGUUUGGGUAACACAAAUAACCUGGCCGCAAGCGUGGCGUGGCUUUAUCCGUAGACACUGAUGGCCUGAUGGAGGGGCAUGUGUGUCUUCUGUUUGUGAUAUGCGGAGCGGCUGUUCUUGGUCCGUGGGUUUCUGGGUCAGUUUUGGAUGUGACAGUGAAACCUGGACAGAACAUCACUUUGUACUGUGACUGCACAUGUUCUACUGGAGUCUACACAGUGUGGUACCGCAACUGUUCUGACCCAAACCAUCCCCCAAUGGUUCUGAAAACUAGGAAAGACAGUUUUGCCCUAAAAGAUCAAAAUUACAUUUCAAACUGGAAGAAUCCACUGCCUCGGUUUGAGUUUGUGAAGGACUCCAAAUCUAACUGCUAUAACCUUCACAUCACUAAUAUCACAGAAAAUGAUGGAGGCUCAUACUAUUGUGGAACUGAGACCACUCAAGUUUUGGACACAAAGACAAAUGGUAUGAAAUACACAUUUGUGUAUGCCAAUGGAACUGUCACAAGAAGAAUAUUAUUUAAGUCCAGUGAAUCUAUGAAGUCUGAGGAGUGUGGGGUGUGCUGGAUUCUGCUGUUUUCUCUGUGUCCAGCCCUGACCCUUCUGUCCACUCUGCUGCUUGUGUUUGUGCUUUAUUCAGAAUGCUGUAAACAAGCCAUAAAAAGAGCAGAACCCAGAGUUCAGAUGAGCCAGAGCGAGGAUGGAGAUGUGUGUUACGCUGCUUUAGAAAUCCGCCAAGCAUCACAAAGACCAAAGAGAAAGAAAAAGACCCCCGACUCUGAUUUCAGCACAUAUUCUGCCAUUAAAACUUCUCAAGACUGAAAAGCAGAAUAAAAUACUGAAAAAUAGUUGUGUCCAACUAUAUAUUUUCUUCCACACUUUUUGGCAUCUCUUUAACAAAUGAAUACAAAACUUGUUGGCCACUGCCCAGUAUUUGUAAAGAGUUUUGUCUAAAAAUUAGGCCGUGCAGAGCUUCUUAUUUGGAUUCUUUAUAUCUGCCAUUUCAACUAAACAGUGUGGAGUUUGCUAUCAACGUAUAUUUUUAAAAUGUUCAGACUUAAAAUCAGCUACCUUAAAAAUGUUUACUCAUUUUGUAAAUGCUUUUCUAUUAUUCACAUUCAGUAUCCAUGAAACAAAAGCAAUUAUAUUAUAUUGUGCGUCCGUAUCAGCAUGGGGCAACAGCUCUUUGAGCAUUUGAGCGCUCGUGCCUGUCCUGGACCCAUAUCAUAUUUUACAUCAUGUCUUCUCCAUUGAGACACUUUAGUUAUGUCACUGUUAUGUCACCUUGCUUUAUCUGUAACCUGAUGUAUGCAUGUUCUACUUGAAAAUUAUGCUGUUUUAAAUUAAUAUUUUGGUAAAUAUUACUCUUUAUCAUAAUUGUUAUUAAUCCUGAAUCAUUCUUAAUACCAUUUAUAUUUUUUUCUCUUUGUUAUUAUGUUAUAUUGUGAUA